AUGGCUCUCAUUGCGGCAGUGGGUCCAACGCUACCUCUUGAGCUGAUUGAUAAGAUUUUCCAAAUUGCAAGCCGGCGUGCAGCCACUCAUCGCGAGCUGGACUUCUUGGUCCUUUGCUGCCCACAUGCAAGGCGGACUAUCCGACGGCCAACGGACGUACAACUCUUCACUGGAAAACAAAUAAACCAACUCCUCAAGCUUGCUGCAAGUUUCUCUGCGGUCUUCCCAUAUUCUCUAACUCAGAUUACAUUUGCCGACCUCGAGCUUAUCGAGCUCUUGGUGCCCACCAGAAAGGCAGAGCAAAUGGCUUGUCUGAAGAUCUUCAACAGUGUGAAGAUUCGUGAAUUAAACAUUUGCUUGACGGACCUCACCCUACCCUAUGAUCACAUGUUUCUGAUACUGUUAUCCUGGACGCCCGCCUUGAAGGAUUUGCAAGUGCUUCGCGUCAAGUACGACUGGAGCUCAGGUUGGGGUGAGGAUGAGUCGUCUGCUGAGUCGUCUGCCGCUGAGUCAGGGGACGACUCGGAUGCUGAAGAAGCUAAGAGGGCUGCGGACCUGUCUGAAGUGGUCAGGAAGCGGACGCUCGAUGCCUUCAAGGCGUCGGUUGAGCUCCAAGGGUUGCCCGUGCUGAAGAAGCGCAAAUUAAGGUAA